AUGGAAGCUUCACUAAAAGCUAUUGCAAGUGACUCUGCAAGCAAACCCAUAGAUUCGCAUGAUUUUACAAAUGAUGAAUACUCAAAAGUUAAAGGCCCAGAGAAAAAAGGGUAUGUUCGAUUAGUUGGAAGAAUGCCAGCCACAAAAAGUAAAGGUGAUUCUUCGACUAAUUCACAUACUCUUCAUCAGCUUCAAAGUGUUGUGAACGUUAUGAUGAACAUUAUCCAAGAACGUAUCCCCGAUGCAAACUUGCCUACAGUUCUUAGCAAUAUGAACAUACAGGUCCCUCGCAUCGAUUCUUCGGCUCCUAGCAACUCUUUACCUAGUAACGAAUUAUCAUCUUCAAGAAGUGACGACAUUGAUGAUAGAGCUGAAAACAUGUGA